UGCUCGAGCAACACACAUCGUCUAACAAUACAGACUUUCCAAGUUGACAAUGGACAGAAUCAGUGGGUUGUCUGAUGAACUGCUUGUUAAAAUAUUGUUGUUUGUUCCGACAAAAGUUGCUGUAUCCACAAGCAUCUUGUCGAAAAGGUGGGAAUAUCUUUGGAUGUGGUUACCUAAACUUGAUUACGGUCGUAUAGAUUGUUCAGAGUCUGAAUGCGAGAAGCUAAGGUGUUUUCUUGUCAGAAAUCUGCCAUUACAUAGAGCUCCGGUUAUAGAAAGCUUCCGCCUUAGAGUAGGGUGUUCAUGUUUCAAACCUGAGAAUAUCCAUAUGUGGGUUUUAACAGCUGUUUCUCACUGCCUACGUGAGCUGAAGAUAGUAUAUGAGUCUGAUUCGGCUGAGCUAGAUAUGUUGCCGAGUAACUUGUUUACCUGCAAAUCUCUCGUGAUCUUGAAACUGGCUGGUGAUAUCAUCUUGGACGUUCCUCGGAUGGUUUCUCUUCCCUCUUUGAAAACUCUGAGACUUCAAAAGGUAAUGUUCUUCAAUGGCGAAACUCUUCAACGGCUUCUAUCAAAUUGCCCUAUUCUUGAAGAUCUAAUGGUGGAUUUACAUGAUUAUGACGAUACGGGAAAGUUGUCUAUUGUUGUUCCAUCGUUGCAGAGUUUGUCACUCUUUAUACCCUAUCGUCAUGAGAUAGAUGGGUUUAUGAUAGAAACUCCUUCUUUAAAGUAUUUCAAACUUAGGGAUGAUAGUUGGCAUGAUCACUACUCUUUAAUUGGGAAUAUGCCUUUCCUCGUCGAGGCAUAUGUAGAUGUUGACCUCCCUGUUAUCAAUAGUGUUAUUAGAUCAAUCACAUCCGUCAAGCGUCUUGCAAUAUGUUCACAGGAUAUGCUUGAUGAAGGUUUUGUCUUCAACCAGCUUGAACAUCUGGAGGUAUGUCUAUGCACACUGCUUUUCUCGAAUCAACUUGUCCGGCUGCUCAACGCUUCUUCUAAGCUAAAGAGACUAGACAUUUCCUUAACGGAUGUAAGUUUGUUUGUUAACUCUCUUUUUUUACUGUCUGAUGCACAACUAGUCUCGCUCAAAUUUUUGUGUUUGAUAUAUCAGGGUCAUGUGCCUCGAGAUAUGGACGACUGGAACCAACCGAGUACUGUUCCUGAAUGUUUGUUGUCAAGUCUACAAAGUCUCAACUGGUUGGAGUACACAGGAGAACCACAGGAGAGAGAUAUUGUGGUUUACAUUCUGAAACAUGCUCUUCACUUAAAGACAGCAACAAUCACGUUAACUGAAUCGGAUUUUACAGAACUUGAUAUGAUAAAGGAGUUGGCACGUUCUUCUAGAGCUUCAACAACAUGCGAACUCAUGUUUGAUUGAGUAUUUGAUCUUUAAAAUUGGUCUUCCUCCUUUUAUUCCUUGUCUUUGCUUGUACUCUCUUAUGGUUCGUCUUCAACUCUGAAAACUUGUUUUCCAAACUAUCUGUUUUAUAUGUUAUCCACUGAAAAAAACGAAUUAUGUUGUUGUUUGGAGGUAAGUUAUAUGAUCGUAUUUAUUA